GUCCCCGCCUCCCCAGCCCAUGUGAGCAGUGUCGCGUGCCCUGCCAGGCGAGGGCUGCCGGAGAAGCGGGGCGGGUGGCCAGGCCGGACCAUGAGGCAGCGUCUCCUCCUCCUGACCGGCUUGAUUCCUCUGGUGCUGGCGCCGCGGCCGCCGGACCCCCCGGGACAUGGCUCCCCCCAGCGACUCGAAAAGCUUGAUGAUUUGCUGUCAGACUACGAUAUCCUCUCGUUAUCCAAUAUCCAGCAACACUCAGUAAGAAAAAGGGAUCUUCAGACUUCAACACAUUUGGAAACACUACUAACUUUUUCAGCUUUGAAAAGGCAUUUUAAGUUAUACCUGACGUCCAGUACUGAGCACUUCUCACAGAACUUCAAGGUGGUGGUGGUGGAUGGCCAAAACGAGAGUCAGUACACUGUCAAGUGGCAGGACUUCUUCCGCGGACACGUGGUUGGUGAGCCUAACUCUAGGGUGUUAGCCCAUGUCGGAGAUGAGGAUAUUACAAUAAGAAUCAACACCGACGAGGCAGAAUAUAAUAUCGAGCCACUUUGGAGAUUUAUUGACAAUACCAAAGACAAAAGAAUGUUAGUUUACAAAUCUGAUAAUAUCAAGAACGUUUCACGUUUACAGUCCCCCAAAGUGUGUGGGUACAUCAAGGAGGACACCGAGGGACUGCUGCCCAGAGGGCGCUUCUCUGGAGAACCGCCUCAAGAGUCCGCUCAGCGGGUGAGGAGAGGAGCCGGCCCUGACCCCAUGAAGAACACCUGCAAGCUGUUGGUGGUGGCCGAUCACCGCUUCUACCGGUCCAUGGGCCGCGGGGAAGAGAGCACCACGACCAAUUACUUGAUUGAGCUAAUUGACAGAGUUGAUGACAUCUAUCGGAAUACUUCCUGGGAUAACGCGGGCUUUAAAGGAUAUGGAAUACAGAUAGAACAGAUUCGCAUCCUCAAGUCUCCGGAGAAGGUAAAACCUGGGGAACGGCACUACAAUAUGGAGAAAAGCUACCCCAAUGAAGACAAGGACGCCUGGGACGUGAAGACCUUGCUAGAGCAGUUCAGCUUCGACAUCGCGGAGGAAGCUUCGAAAGUCUGCCUGGCCCAUCUCUUCACCUACCAAGACUUUGACAUGGGCACUCUGGGGCUGGCCUACGUGGGCUCUCCCCGGGCCAACAGUCAUGGCGGUGUUUGUCCAAAGGCUUACUACAGUCCUCUUGGGAAGAAAUACAUAUAUUUGAACAGCGGUUUGACUAGCACCAAAAAUUAUGGCAAAACCAUCCUUACAAAGGAAGCAGACCUGGUGACAACGCACGAAUUGGGACACAAUUUUGGAGCAGAACAUGACCCUGAUGGUCUGGCAGAAUGCGCCCCGAAUGAGGAUCAGGGAGGAAAAUAUGUUAUGUACCCCAUCGCUGUGAGCGGAGACCACGAGAACAACAAGAUGUUUUCAAACUGCAGUAAGCAGUCAAUCUUUAAGACCAUUGAAAGUAAGGCCCAGGAGUGUUUUCAAGAGCGCAGCAACAAAGUGUGUGGGAACUCCAGGGUGGACGAAGGGGAGGAAUGUGACCCUGGCAUCAUGUACCUGAACAACGACACUUGUUGCAACAACAACUGUACCUUGAAACCAGGUGUUCAGUGCAGUGACAGGAACAGCCCCUGCUGUAAGAACUGCCAGUUCGAGGCUGCCCAGAAGAAGUGCCAAGAGGCUAUUAAUGCUACCUGCAAAGGCGUGUCUUACUGCACAGGUAACAGCAGCGAGUGCCCCCCUCCUGGGAACGCCGACGACGACACGGUGUGCUUAGAUCUCGGGAGGUGCAAAGACGGCCAGUGCGUGCCCUUCUGUGAGCGGGAGCAGCAGCUGGAGUCCUGCGCGUGUAACGAAACGGACCACUCGUGCAAGGUGUGCUGCCGGGACCCCUCUGGCCGCUGCGUGCCCUACGAGGACGCGGAGCAGAACAACCUCUACUUGCGGAAGGGGAAGCCCUGCACGGUGGGCUUUUGUGACAUGAAUGGCAAAUGUGAGAAACGCGUACAGGAUGUGAUCGAGCGGUUCUGGGAUUUCAUUGACCAGCUCAGCAUCAAUACUUUUGGGAAGUUCUUAGCGGACAACAUCGUGGGGUCCGUGCUGGUUUUCUCCCUCAUCUUCUGGAUUCCCUUCAGCAUUCUGGUCCACUGUGUGGAUAAGAAAUUGGAUAAGCAGUAUGAGUCUCUGUCCCUGUUUCACCCCAGUAACGUUGAAAUGCUCAGCAGCAUGGAUUCUGCAUCGGUCCGCAUUAUUAGACCAUUCCCUGCACCCCCGACUCCCUGCCGCCUCCAGCCCCUGCCGCCCACCCCGGUGAUGCUUCCAGUGCCAGUGGCUCCGAAACUGGACCACCAGAGGAUGGACACCAUCCAGGAAGACCCCAGCACUGACUCGAACAUAGACGGGGAUGCCUUUGAGGACCCGUUCCCAAACAGCACGGCCGCCAAAUCCUUUGAAGACCUGACCGAGCGCCCGGUCACGAGGAGCGAGAAGGCCUCCUCCUUCAAGCUGCAGCGGCAGAACCGCGUGGACAGCAAGGAGACCGAGUGCUAGUGGGGCCGCGCACAGCGGAGCUGCAGGGGACAGACAGGAGUGACUGACGGAUGCUAGUCACGUGUCUGGCCGCCUCCCUUUUACAGAGAGAAGGCGAAUCUAGCUUAUUUUGAGCCUUUCAGGUUUUAGUUUUUUGAUCUUUAAAAUGUCUUUCAACCUGUGGUACAAAAGUAGGAUACACAGCUGGAUUAGAUUGAAUAUUUACAUUUUUGUAAAUUAUAACUUUUUAUAUUGGUAACAGCACUGAUUAAGGGAUGAUUUUCUUUUUAUACACUGUAAUGAUCCGCUGAAUAUGAGGUAUUUAGCAGUUAUUUUUGGAAAACUGGAACACAGUAUUUAUUUUUCAUUGCCUUCAAGACAAAGGAGCUAGGUCAAACCUAAUAUCUCCACAAUAUGGCUUCUAUUUCUAGGUCCCACUCUGCUGUAGCAGCAGGGAAAGUAGGUAUCAUUUGGGUUAUUGUGUCUCUGUAAUUCUGUUACUAUCUUCUGGAAUUAAAACCAUCUAGCUUACAGUUAGGGUUAUAAAUAAUACUAGCCAAUUUGAAUUUUAAAGAAUCUGGCUAAUUUGCUGGGUAUUUUUUUCCUGUAUUUCAGUAUCAUGUCUCCCUAAUACUGGGGCUGUGCUCUUUAAAAAAAUUCAUGAGCUCCUUCAAAGAUGGAAGGAAUUUGGUUGCCUGUUUUCAAACCAUAGUGGACGUGAGGGAGUGAAUUAUUUCUCACCACGGGAACGGGGCUGCUCUCUGCCAAGGGACGCCAUGGCCUUCCAUACGCUCUCCCUAGCGCAUUUGCAUUCAUGGCUUUUUGUUUCAGGGCUUCCAGACUGGGCCACCUGCAUUUUCUCUGUGAAGGAUAAAAGUCACCAGAGAUUGAGUUGUGAUUUCCAUAAUAUUAUAGAUAAAAGCUUUUUAAAAAUCAUAUUGAAAUGUGCUCAGCAGCCAACACAUUUGAACUGAGUAACUUAGGAACUCUUGAGGGCAAUGAACCAGACCUGUGACAGAUCCUGGUCCGGCCCCUCCCCAAGGCCAUGUUACUCCGAUCCUUGUUACACUAAUACUUGAACCUGUACCUUAAGGUAUUUGCUAUCUUUGAACUAAAAACAGUACUCUUAUCUUUUAGUUACACUUUUGGAAAUUUGAUACAAGGUGAGUAGGGUGUGGGUGUGUAUGUAUGAAAACUGUUCCCAGCAGAAUUUUUUAUAAAAUUGUCUUUUUUAAAAACA